CAACAUCGAUGUUGCACACGACAGAAAGUUCCACCAGCAUGCUUGUCCCAUGGUACAGAUCAUUCUCACAGUUUUAUAUUCGUUUAGUAUUUGUACGUCGAUAAAUUACCACGAAGUCAUUGUUGUUUGUUAAAUAUUUGUUCGUCUCUGCGCUACUAUGUCUUUCGUCAGUCAACGUGGAUCUUAGGACUCUACAAAUCACACGUAAACAGCUGGUUAUGUCACCUAAUGCAGUUCACGAGCACGUAAAAAGUAAGUGCCAGUCGGUUCGUGCUUAAUGUAAUAAUAAGAUAAAUUCAAUAACACUUUUGUAAAGUGUUUUAUUACUUAGUGACUGACCGAUACGUCUUCUUAAGAUGUCUGAAGUCAGGUUAAAGAAACAUUCGGAGGGUGUUCAGACUAGUGGCUCAUCAAAACAUACUGUUAAGAAAUAUAAGCGUGUUGGAAAGAGAACUUUGAAGUGUGCUGGGGAUAGAACUUUUUAUUUCCAAAUACAUCGGGCUGCCAAAAAGGAAUCAAAGCCUGUUAAGAAGCCAGACAUAGUGCCACCAACAGAUACUAAAGAUUUUUCCAGCAACUGGAAGAAUUUGAUGAAGACUCUUGUUCCAAAUCCUGAAAAAGCGAUUAUAAGUGCCAAACCUGCAAAACAUGUGAGCGCAGAAGGGAAACAGCCUCACAAAACUGCAUCCCUUCCCAAAGACUCUCAGAAACCAGAUAAACGACAUAAACCAACACACGCUGGCAAAUCUGCCGCGGAAAGAUCUGCAAGAGCAGAGAAAGGUGGAGGUCCGAGUGACGGUAAAGACUCAGCGGGACACAAACAGUUCAAAGCAGAGAAAAGGAAAAGAAAGGAAGAAAGAGGAGAGAAACCAAUGAGCAAGAAGAUGAAAGCAGCGGAGAUGGAAAAGGAAACCACAGAGCCUGAUAUCUGGUUCGAUGAUGUGGACUUUGAUGACAUCGAGUCUGCAUUGGGAUCCAAGGCCGCUGACAUCGCACGGAAACGUAACGGAAUACUGAAAAGCGCCACGGACGGCACUGAAAAAGCACUCGUAAAGGAACACGCAUUUGAAGGGUUGACCCGCGCUGUUGCUAUGGACUGCGAGAUGGUGGGGGUCGGCUUUGACGGGGAGGACAGUAUUGUAGCGCGAGUCUCGCUUGUCAACCAGUUUGGCAAAUGCGUUUAUGAUAAAUACGUCAAACCCACAGAGAGGGUCACAGACUACAGGACUAAAGUUAGCGGCAUCAGACCGAAAGACAUAGAAAACGGUGAGGAAGUUUGGACGGUGCAGAAGGAAGUGGCUGAAAUUCUGAAAGGAAGAGUUUUGGUGGGACACGCCAUUCACAAUGAUUUAAAGAUUUUGCUGUUGGGUCAUCCAAAGAAGAUGAUCAGAGACACACAGAAAUAUAAACCGUUUCAGGAGAGAGUGAAGAGUGGACGUCCUGCGUUGAGGGAUUUAUGCAAAGAGAUUCUCAGUGUCCAAGUACAGAAGGGUGAACAUUCAUCUGUUCAAGAUGCUCAGGCUGCCAUGAGGUUAUAUACUCUGGUGAAGAAGCAGUGGGAGGCGGAGCUAAAAGCCAGGAGAUCUCUGGGUAGAGAAAAAAUUCAAAGGAAACCCAGAGAGCCCAAACAACAACCCGACCGGACCAGCUCGUAACACUUCUGAUACAUCUGUGCAAAUGACAUCCUCUACAUAAAUAACACAAUUCUUGACAUCUGAAUGAUGUUCGUUAUUGUUGUCCUACAUAAAAGCUGUUUUACUCAUGUUGGUCUGAAAUGUUUACUGGGUGCAAAGAUGUGUCGUUGUUCCAGAACAUUUUUUUACAAUGUUCCUCAAUAGCAGGUUCGAGUUCACACACAAAGUCUGUUUGAGUUUGACAGCUAAAGCUUUUUUAAACGUGUCAUUUCCAUCUUGUUUAAAAUGAAUUGUUACAAUUAUUAGAUGUUCUACGCUAUCUGAAAUUAUAUAAAAAAAUUGAAUCGG